AUGGGCAUAGAGACUCUCCCUGAUGUCGAGGAAUCGACGGAACCUCCUAUAUGUGGCUAUACGGACUCCUCAUAUCCCCCUACCAACAGCUUAAGCUUUGAGCUGUGCGAGAAAUCUGCACAUCCUGAUCAGUCCGACAGUCAACUGAAAAAUGCCCAUUCCUUCGAACCGGCCGACAUUGCUUCGUUCCUUGAUACAGACCUGCAUCAUGGACUCACUAGCAGCGAGGCGCUCCUACGCCUUGAACGCGAUGGUCCGAAUGCCGUCCAAGAAAUCACGGGCAUCUCCGUCUGGGGGAUACUGUUAAGACAGGUCUCUAACAGUCUCACAAUAGUUCUUCUCCUGACCAUGGGCUUGUCCUUUGGGAUUGACGAUUAUAUCGAAGGAGGUGUCAUCACCGCGGUGAUCCUCCUGAACAUCAUUGUCGGAUUCUUUCAGGACUACCGCGCGGAAAGAACAAUUCUAUCCUUGCAACGUCUCUCGGCUCCGGAAUGUAAAGUCAUUCGCGAUAACCGAGUAACGACCGUCAAGGCCCAGACAGUGGUUGUAGGAGAUGUUGUACGCCUCGCAGUGGGCGACAUCGUACCUGCAGAUUUACGGCUGUUUGAAGGGAUGAAUGCGUCGAUUGACGAAGCUCUCCUCACAGGCGAAUCUCUUCCUGUCCUCAAGACUCCUCACGAGACGCUUGCAUCUUCGGAUAUCCCUCUUGGCGAUAGAAACAAUAUGGCGUAUUCAGGUUGUAGCACCACACAGGGUCGGGCCACGGGAAUUGUCAUAGCGACAGGAAUGAACACGGAGGUUGGAAAGAUCGCCCGGCUGUUACAGGACCAAGAUGAUCAGGGCAAAGUGCAUUCUCGGGUCUUGAAUCGUGUCAUGAUCUCUAUGAAGAAGAUUCUGGGCUUGGUCGGAACACCAUUGCAGAUUAAACUGAGCAAGUUUGCACUUUUACUCUUUGCUCUGGCUAUUUUGCUAGCUAUCAUCGUAUUCUCAGUCAAUCUCUGGGACGUGCAGGGUGAAGUCCUCAUAUAUGGCAUCUGUGUCGCGGUGGCAGUUAUCCCGGAAUCCUUAAUCGCAGUGCUCACCAUAACAAUGGCUGUCGGCACUCAAGCCAUGGCAAAAGGCAAUGUUAUAGUCCGAAAGCUGCAAUGCCUAGAGGCUGUCGGUGGCGUCACUAAUAUCUGUUCAGACAAGACUGGCACUCUAACACAGGGAAGAAUGGUCGCUCGCGCGGCAUGGAUCCCGGGUGCUGGCACAUUAACAGUACGCCAAAUCACCGAUCCCUACGACCCUACAAGUGGAACCGUGCAGCUUGAUGAAAUUGACUGGAGCUCAACCCAUCCAAUGGAAGAUAACCCUGCAUUGCACACAUUUCUUUCCGCUCUUUCACUUUGCAAUCUCUCAAUUGUACAUCAUGAGAACAGCGUCUGGACUGCGGUUGGGGAGCCGACUGAGAUCGCGCUACAUGUGUUGGCUAUGCGACUUGACUUUGGGAAAAGUGCAGUAAUCAAUCGACGUCAGAUCGAGCUUCGCACCGAGUACCCAUUUGAUUCUGCUAUCAAAAAGAUGACAGUCGUCUACAGUAACGCCAUUGACAAUGUCAACGAGGUUUAUACCAAGGGCGCACCGGAGGCUGUCCUUCCCUCUUUGUCCAUAUCCGACAAUGAAAAGCAAAUAAUUCACGAAGCAGCAGACCGAAUGGCCGGAGAAGGUCUUCGCGUCCUAUGCAUCGCUGUGAAAAAGACACCAAUCAGCCAAGACGACGCAGUAUCCCCUCGAUCCGUCGUCGAGUCCGGUCUGCAAUUCGGCGGUCUGGUAGGACUAUACGACCCACCUCGGAUUGAGAGUGCCGCGGCUGUGCGAAAGUGUCAAAUGGCAGGAAUCACAGUCCACAUGCUCACAGGAGAUCACAUCAAGACUGCAACUGCUAUUGCGGGUCAAGUAGGAAUUUUAGACCGUGUCUCGCUAAUUACAAAGCAGACAAAAUUCGUCAUGGCCGCCGAUGAAUUUGACAAGUUGACUGACGCCGAAAUUGACGAGAUUGAAGAACUUCCCCUCGUGAUCGCUCGUUGCAGCCCUGCAACAAAGGUCCGAAUGGUCGACGCAAUGCACCGCCGUCAAGCGUUUUGUGUCAUGACCGGGGACGGUGUGAACGACUCCCCUGCACUUAAGAGAGCGGAUGUGGGUAUAGCGAUGGGGAAAAAUGGAAGUGAUGUUGCUAAAGAGGCGGCCGACAUGGUUCUCACUGACGAUAACUUUGCGUCGAUCGUCAAAGCUGUUGAGGAGGGCAGAAGAUUAUUUGAUAACAUCCAGAAGUUUCUCAUGCAUCUCCUCAUCUCGAACAUCGCGCAAGUCGUUCUUCUUCUCAUUGCACUGGCUUUCAAAGAUACCGGUGGAGACUCCGUCUUCCCACUCUCUCCCCUUGAAAUUCUAUGGGCAAAUCUCGUCACAUCAUCCUUCCUAGCUGUGGGCCUCGGUCUUGAAGAAGCUCAACCAGACAUAAUGUAUCGUCCACCGCACGAUCUACGAAUCGGAGUCUUCACCCGCGAACUCAUUGUCGACAAAAUGAUCUAUGGUACCUUUAUGGGAUCUUUAUGUCUAGUAUCCUUUGUAUGCGUCAUCUAUGCAGCAGGAACCGGGUCCUCAGAUCUAGGAGACGGAUGUAACCAGAAAUACAACUCAACCUGCGACACAGUCUUCCGAGCUCGGGCCACAACUUACGCCACGCUGACAUUCCUACUACUGGUAACAGCCUGGGAAGUCAAGGAUUUCUCGAAAUCUCUAUUCAACAUGGACCCCAUCAGAUGUCCUGGGCAUCUUUCGAUUUUCCCUACCCUAUGGCGUAACCGGUUCCUCUUCUGGGCAGUCGCAGCAGGAUUCGUCAUCGCGUUUCCCGUGAUUUACCUUCCUGUGAUUAAUGAGGUUGUAUUUAAACAUCAUGCUAUCACAUGGGAAUGGGGAUUGGUUUUUGGAUGUACGCUUACGUACCUGGCUUGUAUUGAGAGUUGGAAGGCAGUGAAGCGGGCUUUUGGCAUUGGAAGUGGGAAGCAUGGUAUUCCUAUUUUGGAGGAUGCUGAGAUGAGAGCUGGUUUUGAUACACCGACGAUGAUGUCCUCCAGUGGCAAUGCGAGCGUGGAGAUGAAGUGA